AUGUCGGAUACGAGCCGGGACACGCUACCGUCGCCAAUCACGGCCUCGUUCGGCCGGAUCAAGCGAAACACCGCCUGCACCAGCUGCCGCGACGCCAAGGUCCGCUGCAACCCGGGCCGCGAUCCGGCGCAGCCCUUCUGUCAGCGAUGCGCCAAGCUCGGCUUGACCUGCGUCGUCGACAGGACACACAAGAGGGUGAGCCGUAAAAGCAAGCUGGACGAGCUCGUCCAAGAAAUCCGAUCCAUCAAGCAGAGCGUGGGCGGACAGUCGACCCAACUGCUACCAACUCCAGCAACAAACCGCCCACCACAAGAUGCUGCCGUUUCGUCCUCAAAGGAGCCCGGCUCGUCGCGCCUGGGCAUGUCGUCCCCUGCAAGCGCGAUGACGGCACCAGAAGCGAGCCUCGAUCCCCUGACCACCGGUGCCACUCCCGCUGUCGGUCCACCCGACGCGACAGUUGCGCCGUCCUCAGUCCUGCAGACCCCCACGGCGGCCGGCGCCCUCGCCCAGAACCCGCCCGUCCAGCCGAGCCUGCCGAGAGCUCUCGGGUCGCAGCCGUUCUCGGGAGAGGAUAUCGAUUACUAUUUCCAGAAGUACUUCGAAUGCUUCCACCCGUACAUGCCGAUCGUGCGGUGCCGGGACCCGAACCGGUGCUACGAGUCCGGGACGCUGCUGUUCUGGACGAUCGUGUACGUGGCGGCGCGGCGGUACGCGCGGGGGCCGGGCGUGUUCGGGUUCCUGCUGGACGCGGUGAGGCGGGAGGCGGCGGCGGCGGUGGCGGCGGCGGCGGGCGCGCCGCUGUCGCUGGCGGCUGUCAACGCGCUGCUGCUGCUGUGCACGUGGAUGUACCCGGACGUGCGGUUCCUGCACGACCCGAGCGCGCUCUUCGCCGGCGUCUGCAUGAACGCGGCGCUGCAGCUCGGCGUGCACACCGGCCGCGGCGCCCACCCCGAGUUCAGCCACGGCGCCUUCCAGAGCGCCUUCUCCGACGAGGACGCCGCCUUCGCCUGGGCCGGCUACAACGUCGUCGCCCAGCGCGUCGCCUCCACCCUCGGCAUCCCGCCCCUCGGCGCCCUCUUCAACCGCCCCGUCCAGGACCUCGUCGACGGCCGCGCCCCCUUCCCCGUGCCCCCCUCCUUCCGCGUCCUCCUCGAGUGCCAGCGCUUCUGCCACCGCCUCGGCAAGACCAUGGCCGCCUGCCUCGAGGAGUCCCGCGGCGUGUCCCCCCACGUCGUCCAGCUGCUCGAGGACGAGUGGGACGCCAUCCGCGCGCUCGUCUGCUCCGAGCGAGCCGACGACCUCGCCCAGUUCUACGCGCUGCUGGUGCAGCUCGAGAUCCAGACGUACUACUUCAUGCCGGCGGGAGACGCCUCGCCGCCCUGUGCCGCGGCGGGCGCGCGGACGCGCCGCGACGUCGUGCGGGCGUACCACACGGCGCGGGCGGCGCUGCGGGCGGCGCUGGCGCUGGAGGCGGGCGGGCGGGCGCCGCCGCUGCUGCGGCACCUGCCGCACUUCCACUUCCGCGCGCUGCUGGCGGCCGCGUGCGUGGUGUACCGGCUGCGGCGGUCGUCGUACAUGGCGUUCCUGGACGGCGGCGAGGCGGCGCGCGCCGCGGCCGACGCCGUCGCCGUCUGCCGCGCCGCCUCCGUCGCCGACGGCGACCUGCCCAUGCGCGCCGCCGCCCUCCUCGACGCCUGGUCCGACCGCCUCGCCCGCUGCCCCGCCCCCGCCCCCGCCCCCGCCGACGACCCCCGGUGCCGCGCCUUCUCCCGCCAGGCCGCCGGCGUCGCCUUCGACUGCAUCACCCGCUGGAAGAGCGACCACCUGACCGGCCUCGCCCGCGCGUCCGCCGCCGCCCCGGGUCCCGGUGCAAACGACACGCCAGCGGCGCUAGGCGGCGCGGCGGGGGUCGCUGCGCCCGACGCCUCCCUCCCGCAUAUCGACUGGAGCUUCAUCGACGACUUCGACUGGAACUUCGAAGCUAUCAUCCCGGUUGCAGCCGCACCGCCUUGA